AUCCAAAGCUAUCAGGCUGCGCACGCAAAUUUGUUGAUUUGUGCUGUUCACAAGCGCUGCUUAGCAUAUCUCUUCAGUUUCUCUCACGAUAACGAAGUAGAGUGGCUGCUGCUGUGAUGGACAGUUGUGUGUGUAUAUAGAUCAAGUGUUUGUGUCCCCGCCCCCACCCCCAAUCACACCCAGGACACAGGACUAUAGAGUAAAGUAUGGGUGUGAUUGAUGACUUUGCCCCGAGUUUCGUGCAAAAGCCGCAACUCAGGCAGGAAGAUGAGGGCAAUCGUCUGAUAUUUGAGUGUCUGGUGGCAGCUAGCCCUAAACCUGAAAUCGAAUGGCUGCGCAGCGAUCAGCUUCUAACUGAGGAUGGGCGGACUAAAUUUAAAAUUCUGCCGCUCAACGACAAACAAUACACCGUUAUCCUUGACAUUGACGAUGUGGUGGAAGGCGACGCAGGCCUAUACCGCGUUCGAGCAAAGAACAAAAUGGGCGAAGUGGCGGCCUCUAUCAAUCUUAAUUUUAGUCCUGCCGAUGAACCGAAAGAGAAACAAAUCGACGGUGUAGCGCCUACGUUUGCAAAGAAACCUGCCAUACGACAAGAAGAUGAUGGAAAAAGACUCAUGUUUGAGUGCCGAAUUCAAGCAGAUCCUAAACCUACAGUCACAUGGUCACAUAAUGGCAACGUUGUAUCAGAAACUCCACGACAUAAGCCCACGAUUAGCAAAGACGACGGUCACUUUUAUUUUGCUGCAUUGGAAAUAAAAAAUGUUACGGUAGAGGAUGCGGGAAAGUACAAGGUGACAGCAAAGAACGAGCUUGGCGAAAGUAAUGCAACAAUCAGCCUGAAUUUUGAUAGCGACGAAGCACCCGUGCCGGAUGACGGGAUAAAGCCUACCUUCACGGAGCGUCCUGUAAUUAGGCAAUCAGAGGACGGGGGUCGAAUUACUUUUGAUUGCCGCUGUGCUGGUGAUCCGAAGCCUUCGGUGCUGUGGUACCAUGGCAAAGAAGAGGUCCGGGAUGGCGGACGAUAUCGCAUCACGUUAGAGCCAGACCAAAAGCUCUACCAUAUAGCUAAGUUGGAGAUAAAUGGGGUCGUAAAUGGGGAUCGUGGCGAGUACAGGGCAGUGGCCCGCAACAAACAUGGCGAGGGCGUGGCCACGAUCAACCUUAACUUCGAAGGGGGAGAUAAACCAAAAAUUCCAGAUGGAAAAUCUCCGCGCUUUCCCAAGAAACCUACCAUAAAGCAGGAGGGCGAUGUUCUCAUCAUGGAGUGCAUUCUCGAAGCCCAUCCUGUACCUGAUAUCUUAUGGUUCCGCGGCAGCACACCUAUUUCUGAUACAGGACGCAUCACAAUGUCUCGGCGUGCUAUUUCACGUGAUACGUAUACACUUACCUUAGAAAUAUCGAAUCCGACGCGUGAAGAUGGCGGAAAUUAUCGAUGCAAUGCUUUCAACAGUUAUGGCGAAAGUAAUGCUAAUAUUGCUCUCAAUUUCCAAGGUGGUGACGAUCCAAAUGGUUUUGCGCCUUCUUUUAUCGAGAAGCCACGGAUCAUUCCAAACGAGUCUGGGUCCCUUAUUACUAUGAAGUGCAGAUGUCGGGCUAAGCCCAAGCCGGAUGUCACCUGGUAUCGCGGGCAAGAUAUCGUUACUGAGUCGUCAAAGGUGGCCAUUAGCAGUACCCAAAGCACAGAUGCUGACGAAGUAGACGUAUACGACUUGAUACUCCAGAUACGAGACCCGUCAUCACCUGAUGGUGGAACCUACAGGUGUCACGUAAAGAACGAAUUUGGCGAGAGCAAUGCCAAUCUCAACCUGAAUAUAGAGGCCGAGCCAGAACCUGAAGGCGAUGGUCCCACAUUUGUGGAGAAACCACAAAUUAUGUCGGAAAAUAAUGGUAAAUUGGUGAUAAUGCGAUGUCGUGUUAAGGCAAACCCAGAGCCUUCAGUAAUAUGGACAAAAGACGGCGAGACAGUACAACAAGAUCAUCGCAUUAAAAUGAGUGUGGUGAAGAAGGGCGAAGAGUAUGAUAUCGAGUUGGUUCUCACCGAGCCAGAGCUUAGUGACUCAGGAUUGUACAGAUGCAACAUCAAAAAUGCACUCGGCGAACUCAACGCUAAUCUUACGCUCAACAUCGAGAUUGUUCCUGUGAUAAAAGACAAGCCUAAACUCAUAAAAAUAGUGAAGAAGAAGACUGUUGUAAUUGAGUGCACUGUGGUAUCGAAGUUUAAACCGCAAGUGACCUGGCUCAAAGAGGACUCUCCACUCAAAGAGGGUAAUCGGCAUGAAGUGCGCGUAGAGUCUACAAAGGAAGGUGAAUUUUCGGUGCAGCUGGAAAUAUGUCCUGUAGCAGAGACGGACAAAGGCAACUAUCGCGUAAUAGUGCGCAAUGAGCGCGGUGAAGCCACUUCGCAAACAGUAGAAUUGAAAGAUGUAUUGGUGGAAGACAAGGGAGAGCGACCGGUGCUAGCGAGUGGACUGGUAUCUGUACGUGUCCAAGAAGGCGUCAAGUGGGAGUUGUCAGCUGUUCUUAAACAGGCAGACAAGCGAGUUAAGGUUCAGUGGUAUAAGAAUGAAGAGAUUGUGCGUGAUUCACAGUUUCGUACAACGUUUGAUGGUACCACGGCAAAAAUGAGUGUAAGCAAAAGUCAUAGUAGUCAGAGUGGCAAAUAUCGUGUGGUUGUGAUCAAUGAGUACGGGUCUGAUGAAUCAGUGACACAAGUGAUAGUAGAAAGUGAGGACAAAAAAGAAGAAGAAGAAGAAGAAGAAGAAGAAAACGUUGACGAACAAGAAGGAACAGAGGAAACCACUGAAGAAAAGAAAGUCGAAGAGAAAAAGCAGAAGGAAAAUGAAAUUGAUAAAAAAAUAGAGGAAGUAAAUAAGAAGCAAGCAGAUGAAGAAAAGAAAAAAUCCAAAGAGCAGAAGACAAAAUCUGAUGAAAAUAACAAGGUUUUGGAGGAGAAGACAAAGAAGGUUGAGGAGAAGAAAAAGAAAACUGAAGAAGAGAAGAAGAUUGAGAAAGAGAAGACUAAAGCUGAGGACGAAAAGAAGAAGACGACAAAAUUAGAAGGAGAAAGAAAAGCUGAAGAAGAGAAAAAGAAGCCAAAAGAAGAACAGAAAGUAGCAAAAGCAAAUAAAAAAGUGGAUCAAGUUAUUGAAGACGUGAAGGAUACAACUGAAAGUGACGACUUCGCAGAGGAAUCUAUCGAAAUGAAAUCUCAGUCACGACGCACCUCUAUUCGACGUGAAGAACAGAUCGUUGCAGAGAAUGGCAAGGUGUCUCGUCGAUCUUCACUGCAGACAGAAGAAGAGAGCACAGAGAAGAAAUUGAGUAUUCAGAAGAAGGAGGAGUCCAUGGGUAACGAGGGUAGGGCAAAUAAACAUGAGAGUGAACUGAGUAAGUCCAAAGAAAAGACAAAAAAAGCCAAAGAGAAGAAUACGGAAGAGAAACCUCUUUCUGGGAUUCAAGACGAGCAACAGGCUAAGCCUGUGUUUAUUGAGCCCGAUGAUAUACCAGAGUUGAAGCCCGAAGGAAAGAAGAAAGAAAAAAUUAAAGAGAAACCAGAUGAAAAAUCUGAAGUUAUUUCUGGGGCCAAAUCUGAUGACAAAGUUGAAGGAGAGGUAGAGCAAAAUAUGCAGGAAGAACACGAGAAGAACCUUAAGAAUAAACCAAAGCCAAAGUCUGAAUUGAGACAAUUGGAGGAAUUCAAAGAAGUGGACGAGGUAAAACCCCAGCAAGCUCAUGAAAAACCUCAAGACAAACUUGGUGCCCUUAAGUCUCGAGUUAAGUACGAUCCCAUGAAAUAUGUCCCGGAUGAGGAGGAAGAGGCGGAAAUUGCAGAAUCAACUGAAGAGCUGAGGACCCCUCUCAAACCACAGAUGGUGAACGGGAAGAAAGCGGAACCAAAGCAGGCCGAGAAAAUUGAAGAUAUCCGAGGAGGAUUGAAGAAAGUUCAACCCAAAGUGAAAGAAGAGCCAAAAGAAGAGCCCAAGAAGGCAAAAGUGAAAAUACCAAAAGCUAAAAAGUAUGAGGACCUACCUGAAAUACCAGAUUACGAUAGACCCGAACUUGAAGAGUAUCAGCCAACAGAAUUUGAACCAAGCAAAGUAGAAAAGUCCAAAAUUGUACCGACUGCACAAGCAAAGCAGGCCACUCUCGACGUGAUUCCCAAACCUGAGCAGAAAAAAGACCAACUCAAGGCACCCAUAAUAAAGGAGUCCGAGAAUGAGAAAGAACAAAAUAGACUGCAGAUACCAAAGAAGGGACUUCCAGAGAAGGGAGACGCUUUACAAGAAAAAGUAGAACUUAAGAAGGUCCCAGAAGUUUCAACGACAGAGAUUUCUGAAAAACACAAAGAAGACGCACCAAAGGAUAAAAUCAAAUUGAAGGUGAAUGGCGUUAAAGGGAAAAAGGAAAAGCCCAGCGCUUACGAAGAUCUGCCAGAAAUACCAGAUUAUGAGCGGCCUGAGCUGGAACAAUACGAGAAAACUGACGUACCUAAACAAAAGAAGGACGAGGUAAAGUCAAAACUACCCGAGAUCAAAACAACGCCUACAAUUGAGGCACCCAAAAUUGAGGUGAGUCGUGAAAAGAGUCCAAUGCUCAUGGAUCGAAAAAGCAGCCUAGCUCCUGGGUCGGGUCCAUCAAGUCGCCGUGGCUCUCUUAUUCCACCUGCUGAUGAGUUAGGCCGCCGACCUAGUCUUAUAAUAAACGACGAGGAAAACAGAAAACUUCGUCCUGGCGAGGUUGUGGAAGAGAAAAAGUCUAAACUGAGACCUGGCGAGGUAUUAGAUCCAAAGAUGAAGAAAGGUGGGCGUCCAGGCGAAUUGGAGUCGUCAUCAAAGCAGCGACGUCGACCUAGUGUUGAUCUGCGUCGACCCAGUGUACAAGACCUUGAGGAUAAAAUUAAUCAACCAUCGACACCACUUCGUGAUAUCGGCGAGGUGGGUCCUCCUGCCAUUGUGGACGUGCAAGAAAGCUACUCCGCAGUAGAAGACCAGACUGGCUACAUUACAGUACAAGUGGAGGGCAGUCCAGCUCCUACGUUUAAAUUCUACAAAGGCGUGAGUGAGAUUAUUGAGGGUGGACGCUUCAAAUUUCUCACUGAUGGGGAAACAAACUCAAUCACGCUAUGUAUGCGGAAGGUGAAGCCUAAUGAUGAAGGGAAAUACAAGAUCGUUGUAUCAAAUUGCCAUGGCGAAGACACGGCCGAAAUGCAACUGUAUGUGUCUGAUGCCAGUGGCAUGGACUUCCGUGCGAUGCUCAAGAAGCGAAAGUACGCCAAGUGGGCGAAGGAGCAAACAGAUCCUGAUUGGGGUGACCUGAAAGAAGUGGACAAACCCAUGCCAGCGCUGAAAAAAGUUGAGAAGAAACAAGACACAUUCCUUCGGCCUCUCAUUGAUCAACACGCUAAGGAAGGGAAAGACAAAAAGGUGGUGUUCGAUGCUGGUUUUAGCAAACCUAAUUGUAAGCCAAAGUGGUUCUGUCGCAAAGAUGAGCUCUUUCAAGGCUCUAAGUAUAAGUUCAAAAACGAAGGAGACUCGUAUCAGUUAAUCAUAAUGACACCAAAGGUGGAAGAUACGGGCAAGUAUACAAUUGAAAUAGGUAAUGUUGUGUCCACUGCUUUCCUCAACGUUGACGAGCCCGAUCCAUCUUAUGCGUUUACGAAACCAUUGAAGAAGAAGUACGACGGCUUUACCGAGCACGAUCUUACAUUGGAGUGCAGUGUGAGCAGCAAUAUGGCAAUUGUAUCAUGGUGGCGAGGUGAUCAGCGACUUGAAGAUGGUGAUGAAUUUGCCAUAAGUAAAGAAUUAUCAGGUGCUUGCAAACUGUACUUUAAGAAUUGCAAGAUCAGUGACUCAGGUGAUUACAGUUGUCGUAUCGAGAAGCAAACUGAUCGCACUGACACGAGUGUUAAAAUCAUUGAAUAUCCCUACAAGUUCACAAAAGUUCUUAAGUCGCAACAACUGGUUGAAAAGGAUACUGUAACGCUUGCGUGUGAAUUAGACGAUGCACGUGGCGAAGUGGUUUGGUACAAAGGUGAUGAAGUGAUAAAGCCAGAUAAGCGUAUACAAGCUCAUAAAGAUGGCCGCAAGCGAAAAUUGGUCAUUAAGGACGCCAAGGUGACAGAUGCGGGAUUCUACAAAUGUACUACUAAUGCUGACGAGACAAAAGCAGAGAUCGUUAUAAAUUAUAUGAACAAAUUCAAUAAGAAACUGAAAGAUACUAUUGCCGUGGAACGUGAAAAGCUCGUAAUGGAGGUGGAACUACAAGAUCAAACAGCACCGGCCGAUUGGAGUUUUAACGGUAAACCAAUCACCGCAUCUGAUCGCAUAGAGAUGAAAAAUUUGGGCGGUGGAAAACACCAGUUGAUAUUCAAUGGACUCGAAUUGUCAGAUGAUGGUGAGAUUACAUGUGAGUCAGGCAAGCUGAGCAGCUCGUGUAAGCUCACAGUGCAGAAGGGAGAAUCACGGCCCAUUAUAGAUUUCCCUAAUGAAGUGGAAGCACCUGUGAGUCAACCUGUAAUUUUGGAAGUACCUUUUAAGGUGGAGGGCACGAAACAAAGUCCUAUUGAGGCGAAAUUAGUAAAGGAUGGCAAAACCCUUCCUACAAAAGAUGUAGACGUGCAGAUCGGUGAAAACAAGGUUACAUUUAAGUUGAAAAAACCAUCUAGAGAUCAAUCCGGGCAAUACCAGAUUCGCAUUGGUAAUGCUCAGGGUGAGGAUGUGAAGGACGUUAAGCUCACAAUUCAAGAUGUACCUUCUCCACCAUGCAGUGUUGAAGUAAAAGAUGUAUUCCAGGAUUCGUGUGUGGUAGUCUGGAAACCGCCCGAAGACGAUGGUGGGUCCCCACUUACGAAGUACCUGGUAGAGCGUCAAGAUCUCAGCCUUAAGGGUGGGUGGGAUGGCGUAGGCGAAUUACAGCCCAAUGCCAAGUUGCUCACUUUCAAGUGCACAGAUCUAGUACCAAAGAAACAAUACAGAUUUCGUAUACGUGCUGCUAACAAACUCGGCAAUAGUGAACCUGCAGCAUUUGGGAAGCCUGUUUUGGCAAAAGACCCAUGGGAUGAACCUGGUAAACCGAGAAAUGUUGAGGUGGUAGACUGGGAUGUGGAUCAUGCGAAGCUCAAGUGGCAGCCACCAGAGACAGAUGGUGGAUCUCCAAUCACGGGAUAUGUCAUAGAGGCAAAAGAAAAGUUUGCUAAAGACUGGACCAAGGCUAAGGAAAUUAGUGAUCCAAAUAUUUUGGAGGAUCGUGUUGAUGGUUUAAAAGAGAACGGGCAAUAUGAGUUCCGCGUACGAGCUGUAAAUAAAGCAGGUCCAGGUGAACCCUCUGACACUACUAAGCCUAUCAUUGCCAAAUGUCGUUUUGUGAAGCCUUUCAUUGUGGGCGAUGGUCUUAAAAAUAUUGUUGUGAAGAAGAAUCAGGUUAUCAAGUAUGACAUAAAGUAUGGCGGUGAGCCAGAACCAGAGGUGAAGUGGCUAAAAGAUGGACAGGUAAUUACGGAAGACGCUAAUCAGAGAAUUACAAUAGACAAAUACGAGCGGAACACAGUCUUAACGGUGAGAAAAAGCGCCCGACCCGACACGGGUAAAUAUACGCUAACGCUCACAAACAGUUCGGGUACACUCGACUCUGUUGCUGAUGUGAUAGUACUCGAUAGACCAACAGCACCCGGAGGACCUCUAGUACCAGAAGAAGUACGUGCAGACCAUGUAAAGGUGAAAUGGAAGAAACCUGCUGACACUGGUGGAUCUGAUAUAACAGGAUACAUACUUGAGAAAAUGGAUAUGGAGACAGGACGAUGGAUACCGGCCGGAGAAGCAGGUCCGGACGAUGAUUCUUUCACCUUUAAAGGUCUCACUCCAAACAAAAAGUAUAAGUUCCGCGUAAAGGCAGUAAACAAAGAGGGUGAGAGUGAUCCAUUAGAAACUACAGAGCCUAUUCUUGCGAGAAAUCCAUAUGAUGAACCUGGAGCACCGGGUAAACCAGACAUAGUUGACUAUGAUAAUGUAUCAGCUUCACUCAAAUGGGCUCCACCUGAGAGUGAUGGUGGUCGAGCUAUAACGCAUUACACCGUCGAAAUGAAAGAUAAGUUUUCGCCAGAUUGGCAGGAGGUAACACGCACGGAAGGACCUGAGCCUGAAGUGAAAGUUGAAGGUUUGAAGGAACGGCAGACAUACGAAUUUCGUGUACGAGCACACAACAAAGCAGGUCCAAGUAAACCAAGUGAAGCCACAAUGCCUCAUUUGUGCAAACACCGAAAUCUCAGACCACGUAUUGAUCGCACAACAUUCAAAAGUAUUACGCUAAAGGCAGGACGUACACAUAAAUGGAGUGUUGAUGUGGCUGGUGAGCCACCGCCAACACUCACAUGGAUUUGGCGAGACGAUAUUGCGCUCACGAAUACGGAACGCAUCAAGAUUGAGAAUGUUGAUUAUCACACGGACUUCACCAUAGUUAACUGCCAACGUCGUGAUACUGGACGCUACACACUUAAGGCUGUAAAUGCAAGCGGAAAAGAUGAGGAAACAGUAGAGCUAUGUGUACUGGGCAAGCCAAGUGCUCCACAGGGACCACUUAAGGUGGAAGAUGUGCAUGCAAAUGGGUGCAAGCUGAAGUGGAAGAAGCCUGAGGACGAUGGUGGCACACCUGUGAAGGAGUACGAAGUUGAAAAGAUGGAUACCGCCACCGGCAAAUGGAUGAGAGUUGGUCGCAUACCUGCUAAUGAUAAAGAUGAAAACACAAUGGAGGUUACUGGUCUCACGCCAGGCAGUGACUAUAAAUUCCGCGUUAGUGCUGUAAAUAAUGAAGGUGAUUCAGAGCCGCUGGAAACUGAAACAUCUAUUACGGCGAAAAAUCCAUUCGAUGAACCCACAAAACCAGGUGCCCCAGAAGUAACAGAUUGGGACAAUGAGAGUGUGCAGCUUAAAUGGGCGCCUCCGAAAUCCGAUGGUGGAGCAGCGAUAGAGAAAUACGUGAUAGAAAAACGUGAAAAGGGAAAAACGGAUUGGGACAAGGCGGCAGAGGUGCCAGGAGAUCAAACCGAGGGAAAGGUAGAUGGACUGCGUGAAACCGGCGAAUACGAAUUCCGAGUGGUGGCAGUAAACAAAGCAGGCCCAUCUCCGGCUUCAGACCCAUCCAAGAUGCAAACAAUCCGACAUAGAUCUCUGAAACCACGUAUAGAUCGCACAAAUCUGAAAACAACAAUCAUUCGUGCUGGAAAAUCAGUAAGCUUCGACGUUAAUAUCCGUGGUGAACCACCGCCAGAUGUAACGUGGCAACAUGGAAAGGAAAACGUAGAGCCAAGUAAAAGUGUCACAAUAGUUAAUGUGCCGUAUAAUAGCAAAUUUAGCAUUACGGACGCUGUGAGGAAGCAAACAGGUAUUUACAAAAUUAUUGCACGCAAUUUGCACGGCGAAGAUGAGGCAGAAGUAGAGAUCACAGUUCUGUCAGCUCCAGCUAAGCCUAAAGGGCCUCUUAAAGUAACAGAUGUGACAAAGAAUGGAUGCAAGGUUAAAUGGGACAAACCUGAAGACGAUGGAGGGAAGCCUAUCACCGCGUAUCAGGUGGAAAAACUUGAUACUGCGUCAGGAAGGUGGGUUCCAGUGGGCCGUACUGAUGGCAACGCAACAGAAUUAGACGUUAAGGGACUAACUGAAGGUCAUGACUAUCACUUCCGCGUGAAGGCGAUCAAUGAGGAGGGUGAAAGCGAACCUCUGGAAACUGAAAUGGCUAUCACGGCUAAGAAUCCUUAUGAGGCACCAGGAAAGCCCGGCACGCCUCGACCCGAGGACUGGGAUGUAAACCAUGUGGACCUAGUGUGGGAGAAACCGAAGAACAAUGGUGGAGCUCCCAUUACGGGAUAUGUAGUGGAACGCAAAGAAAAGUUUUCGACCACAUGGGAAGAAGCGCUUGUUACAAAUACUCCAGAGACACAGGGACGUGUCGAGGGACUGCGUGAAGGCGCAACUUACCAAUUCCGCGUACGAGCAGUCAACAAGGCAGGCCCUGGCGAGCCAAGUGAUUCAAGUCAACCACACGUGUCCAAGGCACGCUUCCUUAAACCGCUGAUCAAUCGGGAGAAGCUACAACCUGUACGUGUGCGUGCAGGUCAGCUAGUAAAGUUUGACGUGGAUGUCAAAGGUGAACCUCCGCCAGUGGUGACAUGGAGUUUCGCGGGAAAUAAACUGGAGACAGGUGCAGGAUGUCGUAUUGAGAAUGAAGAUUACAAUACGAAGAUAAUGUUAUCGGAUACAAGUCGAGUAAAUAGUGGCAUAUACACAAUUUUAGCGGUAAAUGACAGUGGCCGCGAUGAAGCAACUGUUGAGGUGACAAUAUUAGAUAAACCGGGUAAACCUGAGGGUCCGCUAGAAGUAUCAGACGUCCAUAAGGAAGGGUGUAAGCUCAAAUGGAAGAAACCUAAGGACGAUGGAGGAUUGCCGCUCACUGCAUAUGUGCUGGAAAAGCAAGAUCUCACAACAGGAAGGUGGGUGCCAUGCGGUACAGUGGAUCCGUCGGCUACAGAGCACGAUGUGAAAGGCCUUGAGCCAGGUCACAAGUAUAACUUCCGUGUUAAAGCAGUUAAUGAGGAAGGCGAGUCGCCGCCAUUAGAGACAGAAGGCAGCAUCGUAGCCAAGAACCCUUAUGAUCCUCCAGCCCCACCAGGAUUGCCCGACAUUGUGGAUUGGUCUGAAAAUAUGGUGAAACUAAAAUGGGAACCACCGAUCCGGGAUGGCGGAGCACCAAUCAAGGAAUACGUGAUCGAGGUUAUGGACAAAGAUACAGGACAGUUCGUAAAAGCAGCCGAAGUGCCUGGUAAUAAAUGUGAGGGUGUAGUGCCAAAGCUAGAAGAGGGACAAGCAUACAAGUUUCGCGUGCGUGCUGUUAACAAAGCAGGUCCCAGUGAUCCCAGUGAAUCAACGAAUUGGCACACAGCAAAAGCACGUUUCCUUAAGCCGCGCAUUGAUCGUACAAACUUGAAUCCGGUGACAGUAAAAGCGGGUCUGGGCACGGCACUAGAUGUGAACAUAAUCGGUGAACCACCACCACAUGUGACAUGGCUUUUCAACGGAAAAGAAAUUGAGAAAGACGACAAUAUAAGAAUUGAUAACAUUGACUAUAACACAAAAUUCUUUAUUAUGCGUGCGAAGCGUAACCAGACGGGCAAGUACACAAUUAUUGCAAAGAACGAGAUAGGAGAGGAUCGGGCUGAUGUGGAAAUCACAGUGCUAGGACGGCCAGGUAAACCAAAAGGACCAUUAGAUGUGUCUGAUGUCACGAAACAUGGAUGCAAGCUGAAGUGGAAAAAGCCUGAGGAUGAUGGCGGAAUGCCAAUCGAGUACUAUGAGAUUGAAAAAUUGGACCCACUCACAGGGCAGUGGAUUCCGUGUGCUAAAAGUACAGAACCUGAGGCUAAUAUAACAGGUCUCCAGGAAGGCAAACCGUAUAAAUUCCGUGUAAAGGCGGUGACUAAGGAGGGAGAUUCCGAACCAUUAGAAACAGAGGGAACUAUUAUUGCAAAGAAUCCAUUUGACGAACCUGGUAAACCUGGCAAACCCCAACCCACCGAUUGGGGCAGCGAAUUUGUAAACUUGGAAUGGACACCACCUAAGGAUGACGGAGGAGCACCCAUACAGAAGUAUAUAAUCCAGAAACGUGAUAAAGCUAGCCGAGCUUGGACUGAUGCAGCUACGGUACCAGGAGAUCGUACAAAAGGAAAUGUAGAAAAUUUGGAAGAGGGUCACGAGUAUGAAUUCCGCGUAAUUGCAGUGAAUAAGGCCGGUCCAAGUGAGCCUUCUGACGCCUCAAGAACUGUUGUGGCGAAGCCGCGUCAUCUUGCUCCACACAUAAAUAGGAAAAACCUUCAGAAAAAAGUGGUGCGUACUGGACAGAUGCUACGCAUGGAUGCAGAUGUAACCGGUGAACCCCCGCCAAAGGUGGUGUGGAAGCUGAAAGACCAAGUGUUGAAGUCAAAUGAUCGUUUUAAAAUAGACUCUGAAGACUACAAGACUUCGUUUGUGCUUCAAAAAUGUGUGCGUUCUGACUCAGGAACUUACAUAGUCACAGCAACCAACGACUCCGGAGAAGACGUGGUGGAGGUUGAGGUGCAGGUAUUAAGUAAACCAAGCAAACCAAAGGGACCACUUAAAGUAGCUGACGUAACCGCCGAAGGUUGCAAAUUAGCCUGGGAUAAGCCUGAGGAUGAUGGCGGAGAACCAGUAUCACACUACGUCGUGGAACGCAUGGACACAGAAUCUGGCAGAUGGGUUCCUGUGACAACGUCAAAGACACCCGAAGCAGAUGUAACAGGACUGAAUGAUGGUAAAGAUUAUCUGUUCCGUGUGAAAGCGGUGAAUAGUGAAGGUGAAAGUGAACCUCUGGAGACGGAUGCAGCUAUCACAGCAAAGAAUCCCUACGAUGUGGCUGAUGCUCCUGGUAAACCAGAGCUAAAGGAUUGGAGCAAAAACCACGCAGACCUGAAAUGGGCCCCACCUAAAAAUGACGGUGGAGUUCCGAUUACAGGAUAUCAGGUGGAGAAGAAAGAUCCAUUCACUGGAAAAUGGCAAAAGGUAGUGGAAACAAAAGGCCCCAAAUGCGAGGCUAGAAUACCGGACCUGAUUGAAGGAGAAAAAUAUCAAUUCCGAGUAAAAGCAGUUAACAAAGCGGGUGCAAGCAAACCCAGUCAGGCGUCAGAUACAUUAACAGCCAAAGACAGAUUUGCAGCACCUAAGAUCGACCGCACAAACCUAAAGGACAUCACCGUGAAAGCUGGUCAGCACAUUCGGUUGGACGUGAAGGUAAGCGGCGAACCACCCCCUAAGAAGAGCUGGCACCUCAAUAAGACACGUCUAGAGAGCUCACCCGAGUGCACCAUCGAUAUUGAAGAUUAUCGCACAAAACUGUAUAUUCCCAUUUGCGCGCGGUCACACACAGGUCGACUUGUGAUUAAAGCGGAAAAUGAAUCAGGGCGAGAUGAAGCAAGUAUUGAGGUCAUUGUAUUAGACAGACCGGCGAAGCCAGAGGGUCCUAUUAAGGUGUCGGACGUGCAUAAGGAGGGAUGUACUCUUAAAUGGAACCCACCUAUGGAUGAUGGUGGAGCGCCGAUCGAACAGUAUGUAGUAGAGAAGCAAGAUACAGAGACGGGCCGGUGGGUACCAGUUGGGAGAUGUAAGGAGCCCAAAAUGGAGGUAGGCAAUCUUGUGCCUGGACAAGAGUACAAGUUCCGCGUCAGCGCUGUAAAUGCCGAGGGUGAGAGUGAUCCCUUGGAAACGGACCACUCAAUCGUAGCGAAAAAUCCGUUCGAUCCACCUGGCGCUCCAGGACAGCCAGAGCCUACCGAUUGGGAUAAGGAUCAUGUGGACCUCAAAUGGACGCCUCCAGAAAAUGACGGAGGCUCGCCGAUAACGAUGUACGUAAUUGAAAAGCGUGAAAAAGGCGUGGGAAGAUGGCAGAAAGGUGCCGAAGUCACUGAUUGUAAAGGAACUGUGCCAAAUUUGGAAGAAGGCGUGGAAUAUGAAUUCCGCGUGCGUGCAGUAAACGAAGCCGGACCCGGUGAUGCUAGUGCUGUGAGUAAGAGUGUAGUAGCCAAGUGUCGCAAAAUGGCGCCCAAAAUAGACAGAAAGAAUGUUAGGAACAUGACAGUGCGCGAAGGUGAACCUAUCUACCUUGACAUUCGCGUUUCUGGAGAACCUCCACCAGAGGUUACAUGGACAGUAAAUGACAAGAGUCUCAAAGUAGCUACCAGAUGCCGUGUUGAGUCUGAACCAUAUUCCACUAAGCUAUUUAACGAUAAUCCUGAGCGACGUGAAUCAGGAGUAUACAAAAUUGUGGCAACCAACAAGUAUGGCACUGAUACGGCUGAAAUGGAAAUUGAGGUAAUCUCUAAGCCAGGUAAGCCUGAAGGUCCGCUUGAGGUGUCGGACGUACACAAAGACGGAUGCACCCUUAAGUGGAAAAAGCCCAAGGAUGAUGGCGGUGAGCCUAUUGAAGCAUAUGUGGUGGAGAAAUUUGACCCAGAAACUGGAAUUUGGUUACCAGUGCUGAAGACUAUAGGGAAUGUGCCUGAAGCGAAAGUGGACGGUCUCACGCCUGAUCAUGAAUAUAAGUUCCGAGUGAAGGCGGUAAACAAAGAGGGCGAAAGUGAACCUUUGGAGACAUUCGGCAGCAUCGUGGCUAAAGAUCCAUUCACUAUUGCGAGUCAACCGGGUGCUCCAGAACCAAUAGAUUGGUCAGCAAAUCAUGUGGAGCUGGCUUGGUGCGAACCAGCAUCGGACGGGGGAACACCCAUCACAGGAUACAUUAUUGAAAAGAAAGACAAAUACUCCCCAAUGUGGGAAAAGGCUUGUGAAACCACAACAGCCACACCUACAGCAGUUGUACAUGGACUGAUUGAAGGUAAUGAGUAUCAGUUCCGAGUCAUUGCUGUAAACAAAGCAGGUCCUAGUGAACCGUCGAAUGCUAGUAAACAGUUUACGGCUAAGGCACGUUUCUUAGCUCCUAAAAUUGAUCGACGACAUUUACGAGAUGUAACUCAAUCUGCUGGGAGUACACUGAAGUUUGAUGCUGCUGUAUCGGGUGAGCCAGCUCCUGUGGUUGAGUGGCGGUUCCUUGGAAUGCCAUUGAAAGCAUCCAAGACAGUGACGAUAGAUUCACCAGACUAUAGCACUCGCCUUACAGUUAGACCCGUGACACGCGCUGAUUCUGGCGAAUACUGCGUGACAGCAACAAAUAGCAGUGGAAAAGAUCAAGUACUAAUCCAGGUAGUCAUUACGGACAAACCGGGUAAGCCCGAGGGGCCGCUUAAGGUGGCGGAUGUGCACAAGGAGGGAUGCAAACUGAAAUGGAAACGUCCAAAUGAUGAUGGUGGAACACCUAUUGAGUACUAUCAGGUGGACAAAAUGGAUCCUGAAACAGGAUGUUGGGUACCUGCGACCCGUGCCACUGAACCCACCGCAAAUGUAACAGGUUUGACACCUGGGAAAGAAUAUAAAUUCCGUGUAAGUGCUGUAAACAGUGAAGGAGAAAGUGAGCCUCUUGAGACGGAAGAGACAAUCGUGGCGAAAAAUCCGUUUGACGAACCCGGCAAGGUGAAUGAUUUGCGUGCAACGGACUGGGAUAAAGAUCAUGUCGAUUUGGCGUGGACUCCACCGUUAGAGGAUGGCGGAGCCAGUAUUGAAGCGUAUUUGGUAGAGAAACGUGAUAAAUACGGACAAUGGGAAAAGGUAGCUCAAGUCCCGUCCACGGAGUGUAAAGUUACAAUACCGGAUUUAAUUGAGGGACAGGUUUAUGACUUCCGUGUGAGUGCAGUGAACAAAGCAGGUCCAGGUGAACCGUCGGACACAUGCACAAUCACCGCCAAACCGCGCAAUCAGGCGCCUAGAAUUGAUCGUACUAAUCUUAUUGAAGUUCGAAUUAAGGCGGGUCAGUCCUUCACAUUCGACGUGAAGGUUACUGGAGAACCAGUGCCUACUACUAAAUGGCAACAUGCUAAACACGAUGUAAAGUCAUUUGAUCGUGUAAAAGUCACACACGUGGACUAUGCAACAAAGUUGGUAGUUCGACAAGCUACAAGGGCAGAUACCGGCACAUAUACCGUAUCAGCAGUCAACGCGAAUGGCAGUGAUCAGGCGGAUGUGAAGGUCACAGUAUUGGAUAAACCGGCACCUCCAAGAGGUCCUCUCAAGGUAGAUGAUGUGCAUGCAAAUGGGGCUACGCUCACGUGGAAGCCACCCGAAGAUGAUGGCGGAGCUCCGAUUGAUCACUAUGUUGUAGAAAAACUGGAUGAGGCUACCGGCCGAUGGGUUACCGCAGAAGAAACAGACGGACCACAACCAUCAGCUGUGGUGAAAGGUCUCAGUCCGGGGCAUAAGUAUAAGUUCCGUGUGCGUGCCGUGAACAAGCAUGGUAAAUCAGAACCGUUGAGCACAGAUAAAGCCAUCGAAGCGAAGAAUCCCUAUGAUCCACCUGACACCCCAGGGCAACCAGAGAUUGUUGACUUUGACAAGGACUUUGUACAGUUGGAAUGGGCACGACCCGCAGCAGAUGGUGGAUCUCCAAUUACUGGGUAUGUGAUUGAAAGACGGGAUAAGUAUAGUGACGAGUGGGACAAAGCGGCUGAGGUGGAGGGUGAUGUGCCAGCAGGUCGAGUGGAAGGACUCGUAGAAGGCGUACAAUAUGAAUUCCGCGUGAGGGCUAUAAACAAGGCCGGACCUGGUGAGCCGAGUCUUGCAACACGUCCACAUAUUGCGAGAGCAAAGAAUCUUCCACCAAAGAUCGAUAGGAAGUUCAUGAUGAACAUCAAGAUUCGUGCGGGUCAGAACUUUGACUUCGAUGUGCCCGUGAGCGGGGAGCCUCCUCCAACUAAAGAAUGGUCUCAUCGUGAAAAUAUGAUUAUUAAUUCAGACCGUGUGAAGGUAGUUCACGAAGAAGGACGUACGAAAUUGCGCGUGAUCGACGCCAAAAGAGCAGACAGUGGAACAUAUACACUUGUAGCGCGCAAUGUUAAUGGAAUGGACAAGGCGGAUGUCACAGUAACUGUGCUAGAUGUGCCUGGGCCUCCAGAGGGACCACUCAGGCCGCAGAAUGUCACCAAGUCUAGCGUUGACCUUAACUGGCGACCACCCAAAGAUGACGGAGGAUCAGAGAUAAAUCAUUACAUAGUAGAGAAGAUGGAUGCUGAGACAAUGCGCUGGGUUCCCAUUGGUGAGUGUCAACAGCCACACAUAAAAGCUGAUAACCUCAUCGAGGGACACGACUACAACUUCCGUGUAAAGGCUGUAAACAAGCAGGGUGAGAGUGUCCCGCUAGUUACAAGUCAAUCUAUAACUGCUAAAGAUCCCUUCGGGAGACCCGAGAAGCCUGGCACACCUCAGGUUACAGACUGGGACAAGGAUCACGUAGAUCUAGUGUGGGAGAAGCCGAAAAAAGAUGGUGGAGCUCCUAUUACAGGAUAUGUGAUCGAGAAGCGCCCGCGCUUUGGUACAUGGGAGAAAGCCUGUGAAGUACCAGACGACUCAUGUAGUGCAACUGUGCCAGAUCUCACGGAAGGUGAGGAGUAUGAAUUCCGUGUAACAGCCGUAAACAAGGGUGGUCUAGGUGAACCGUCGGACGCCUCUACCCCCAUCGUAGUACGAUCACGCUUUGUCGCACCGAGAUUUACUAAGAAUCUACUCCAAGAUCAGACUGUGCAUGCAGGCAAAAAAAUCAAGUAUGCAGUACCAAUUGAAGCUUCACCGCGUCCCACAGUAAAGUGGACAGUAAAUGGAAAGACUUUAGAAGCAGGCACUCGUGUGGACAUACAACAGACAAAUGAAGAGGUUGUUCUUGAAAUUCCUUUUAGCGUCCGUGCAGAUGAGGGUCACUACACACUCACUAUAACGAAUGAGCUGGGUUCAUGCUCAGCGUCGGCAAAUGUCACUGUACUGGAUAAGCCGGCUAAACCUGAGGGGCCACUCGAGAUAACGGGUGUGAAUAAGGAAGGGUGUCACCUUCGAUGGAAUGUGCCAAAAGACGAUGGUGGAUCGCCGAUUCUCCAUUACGUGGUGGAGAAAAUGGACAUGUCGCGUGGCACAUGGAGUGAUGCUGGCAUGAGUGUAGGCACCUAUCAUGAUGUGACGCGUCUGGUGCACAAGAAAGAAUAUCUGUUCCGCGUGAAAGCAGUAAAUGCCAUCGGGGAGAGUGAACCACUUGAGGCAGCUAAAAGUAUUGUGGCGAAAAAUGAGUGUGACGAGCCACAAGCCCCGGGUAAACCUGUAUUUGCGGACUGGGAUAAGGAUCAUGUAGAUUUGACGUGGACACCACCACCUUACGAUGGUGGUGCACCUGUCACAGGUUAUAUUGUGCAGAAGAAGGAAAAGGGCAGUCCAUACUGGGUGACAGCAUGCCACGUGCCGACUAACGUUUGUGCAAGCACAGUCCCCGAACUCACGGAAGGUCAAGAAUACGAGUUCCGUGUAAUUGCAGUAAACAAGGCCGGCCAGAGUGAACCCAGUGAAGCUAGUGACAAGAUCACUGCUCGUGCACGAAACGUGCCACCACGCAUCAUUACACCACUUACAGAUAUAGCACUCAAAGCGGGUCUGGUACUUCACGUAGAUAUACGCUUUGAAGGCGAACCUUCACCAACGGUAGUAUGGACAUCAAAUUUGCGUCCACUUACAACAAACGAACGUACAACUAUUACAUCUGUGGGUCAUCACACAGUCGUACAUACAGUAAACUGCCAACGAGGUGACUCGGGUGAGUAUCACCUCCGACUCUCAAACGUGAACGGCGAAGCUGAGGGUAAGUUCCAGGUGACCGUACUAGACAGACCCGGUCCGCCUCAGGCACCAUUGGAGUACGAGGAAGUUACAGCUCAGAGUGUAACCCUUUCAUGGCGACCACCUACGGACAAUGGUGGAUCUGAGGUCACUGGUUACGUAAUUGAAAAACGUGAUCUUACACACGGCGGUGGCUGGGUGCCAGCUGUGACACACGUGAACGCACGAAAGACGCACGCGGUGGUACCGCGACUUCAAGAAGGUACUAAAUAUGAAUUCCGCGUAAUGGCAGAGAACCUACAAGGACGUUCAGAUCCAUUGGUGACGGAGAAACCAGUGGUAGCACGCAAUCAAUACGAUGUGCCCGGACGGCCCGGAAAACCGGAACUUGUAGACAGCGAUAAGGAUCACAUUACCAUUAAAUGGGCAAAACCAAUCAGCAAUGGUGGUUCACCAAUAAUGGGAUAUGACGUAGAGAGGCGGGAUGUAGCUACAGGACGAUGGAUUAAGUUGACGAAAGAACCUGUACCUCUGCCUGAGUACACUGAUGAACGUGUGCAGGAAGGUCAUCACUAUGAGUACCGAGUAUCCGCUGUAAAUGCCGCAGGUGCAGGUAAGGCCAGCGAUGCAUCCGCUGCAUUCAUGGCUAGGCCAAUGCGUGAGGCGCCAAAAUUGAAACUCGAUGCGAUCUUCGGGCGUAAGGUAAAGGUUCGUGCUGGUGAGCCCAUUAAUGUAGAAAUUCCAAUCAGCGGAGCACCUCAGCCAACUGUGGAAUGGCUGCGUAAGGGUACUAAAGUUGCGGAGACUGGUCGAGUAGCGAUUGAGACCAACUGGGAGCGCACAGCUCUGCGUGUCGAAGCGUCCGUGCGUGAUGAUGCAGGCCAUUACACGGUCACGGCCAUUAAUGAGUAUGGUAAGGACAGCGGUGAUGUGGACGUGAUCGUGGUAGACAAGCCCGGACCUCCAGUAGGUCCAAUCACGUACAGCGAAACGACACAGGAGAGUAUCUCACUGACAUGGAGACCACCUCAGGAUGAUGGUGGUGGCGAUAUCAGUGGGUAUAUCGUAGAAGUGACUGAGGCAGGAGCUGACAAAUGGCGUACAGUGCCUGGCUACUGCCCUCGGUGCACCUUAACGGCACGUGGUCUCUCGGAUGGUCAAAAGUACGAGUUUCGUGUGCGCGCCGAGAACAUCUAUGGUGUUUCCGAGCCACUUUUGGGCAAACCGGUGCUCGCGAAGAGUCCUUAUGAUGUUCCGGAAGCACCCGAUAGACCAACCGUAGUAUCCUACACUCCGAACUCCGCUACAAUUCAAUGGCGACCUCCCGAAUAUACCGGAGGACGUCCUAUUUCUGGCUAUUAUGUGGAGAAGAAGGAGCGCAGCGGAGAUUGGCAUCGUGUCAACAACUACCCCACACCAAAUACAACCUUCACUGUACAGGAUCUGCGCGAAGGACAACGCUACGAAUUCCGCGUUGCAGCGGUUAAUGAUGCAGGUGUUGGUAAACCGAGUAAACCAACAGAGCCCAUUACUGCCCAGUUGCAGCGCACUGUACCCGAUGCACCUGAACCACCUAAGGCGGAUCGCAUUACACGUGACAGUGUAACACUGUCUUGGCGACCACCGCGUAACGAUGGCAAGGCACGCAUAAAAGGAUAUGUACUGGAAAAGAAGGCAAAGGGCGACAAUGAUUGGUCACCUGUUAAUGACAAACUUAUUACCGGACUUUCCCACAUCGUUCCACAACUGCGCGAAGGUGAAGAAUAUUCAUUCCGCGUGCGGGCUGAAAAUGAAGUAGGCCCAUCAGCGCCCUCACGACCUUCAGCCCCUGUAUUAGUGGAGGAGCAGCCCAACAAGCCGUGCUUAGACCUCAGUGCGGUUCGUGACAUUGUCGUGCGUGCCGGGGAUGACUUUUGUAUUCACGUGCCCUACAGGGGCUUCCCUCGACCUGUGGUUAUGUGGUAUAGUAAUGAUCGUAUGAUAGAACCUGAUGACGCUCGCAGCUUUCAACGCCUCACAGACGAUGCUUGCAGCAUUGUUGUGAAGAAUUCAAAACGUACGGACACUGGUCAGUACAGAUUACAGUUGCGCAACAAAUCAGGCUUCGACACAGCCACUGUAAACGUAAAGGUAUUAGAUCGCCCGGCACCACCUGAAAAUCUGCGAGUCGACGAAUUUGCUGGCGAGGCAUUGACACUCUAUUGGAAUCCGCCCAGAGAUAAUGGUGGAGUUGAGAUUAGCAAUUACGUGGUGGAGAAACGUGAAGCAAGGCAGAGUAAUUGGACACGCGUUAGUGGUUAUGUUACCACGCCCUUCGUACGUAUAAGAAAUCUUACGGUUGGCCGUGAAUAUGACUUCCGCGUGAUGGCAGAGAAUCAGUAUGGUCAAUCGGACCCGAGUAGUACAGAACAUCCAAUUAGAGCACGCCAUCCUUUCGAUCCACCAGCUGCACCAGGCAUACCUCAUGGAGUGGAAAGUACUGCAGAUAGUAUUACAGUGGCUUGGACUCCUCCUCGUCAUGACGGCGGCUCUCCUGUGACCGGAUAUGUUCUGGAAAAGAGACUUCUCAGUGAUGAUAAGUGGACAAAAGCCACGCAUGCACAUAUUGGAGAACUGCAGUGUCGUGUACAAAAUCUGAUUGAAAAUCAUGAGUAUGAAUUUCGUGUUGCAGCUAUUAAUGCAGCGGGCCAGGGUAUGUGGAGUGGUUCAUCAGAUGUCUUAGUAGCCCGCGCUCCAGUGUCAGCGCCUAAGAUCACGAGCGAUCUCAGUAUUCGCGAUAUUACUGUGAUGGCAGGAGAAGAGUAUCGUAUAACUGUGCCAUUCACAGCUAAUCCGAGACCGUACUGCGCAUGGACGGUAAACGGAGCCCCAGCAACAGAUAAUCGCUGGCACGUAGACACUACAGAUCACGAAACUGUGUUGGUGAACAAAUGCGCGAAGAGGAGUGACACUGGCCCGCAUACGAUUCAUGUGACAAACAGCGAGGGAAUGGACACGGCCACAUGUCGUGUGCAGGUGGUUGAUCGACCAAGUAUGCCACAACCACCUUUCGAUGCUACUGACAUUACUCCAGACACAUGCACGCUUACAUGGAGACCACCGCUGGAUGACGGCGGUUCCCCCAUUACGAAUUAUGUGGUGGAGAAAUUAGAUCACAGCGGCAUGUGGGUAAAAGUAAGCUCUUUCGUACGUACCACACAGUAUGAUGUAAUGGGCCUGGAGGCGCAGAAGACUUACGUGUUUCGUGUAAGUGCUGAAAAUCAGUAUGGUGUCAGCGAUCCGCUUGUAAUGGCGGAUGGAAUUGUGGCCAAAUAUCCAUUCACUGUGCCCGACCCGCCUUCCGCACCUCGAGUUACAGAAUACGACAAUGCCUCAGCCACACUCACUUGGGACCGACCUCUAUAUGACGGCGGAUCAAGAAUUCAGGGGUACAAGAUUGAAAUGCGUGAUGUGCAAGAUACAACGUGGCAAUGUACAGGCUUCCUCAUCAAAGACACCACAUACAAUGUGUUCAAUCUAGAACAGGGUCGCGAAUACGAAUUUCGUGUCCGCGCUAAGAAUGCAGCGGGUGUGAGUAAACCCUCUGCUCCUUCACAGCGCUUCAAAGCUCGGGGGCGCGUGGAAGUACCGUCACCGCCAAGAUCACUGCAAAUUGUGCACAUUGGUAGAAACUAUGUAGACCUGUCUUGGACUGCGCCUGAACACGAUGGUGGUGCUCGUAUAAGUGGCUACAUUGUUGAAAGGCGUGAAAUUGGUGGCGCUCUGUGGAUUCGCUGUAAUGAGUACAAUGUAACAGACCUUAACUUCACAGCGCUUAAUCUUUUUGAUGGAACUGAGUACGAGUUCCGCGUAUGUGCUGUAAAUACGGCUGGUCGAUCAGAACCAAGUACGCCUAUUUCACCAGUACGCGUGUGUGAAGUAGCGGGUGGUGAAAAACCACAAUGGCUUCGACCACUGACUGAUACCAGUGUAUCGUUGGGCCGUACACUUGAGCUAUCCUGCGAAGCUCGUGGUAAACCAGUUCCGACGGCAAGAUGGUUGCGCAAUGGACGUGAACUCACGGGUGGGCGUCAUACAAUGGAGUCUCGUGAUGGCCUCUUUAAACUCAUAGUGACAGAUGUUCAGCGCCAGGAUGAGGGACAAUAUGUGUGUGAAGCCAGCAAUACAUUAGGAAGCGCACAGACCAUGGCUCAAUUACGUGUGGGUAUGCCACCCCGAAUUGACAAGAUGCCGGAUGAAGUGCAAUUGGCGGAACACGAAAAUUCUAAGGUCAAGAUUUUCUACGGUGGUGAUCAGCCUAUAGAGGCACGUUUACUGCGUGAGGGCAAGCCUGUAACACGUCUUUCAUUCACGGUGUUUGAUGAAUCAGUGGCGAUUUAUAUAAGAGAUGCAGUUACCAGCGAUUCUGGACUCUAUCACAUAGAGCUAACCAAUGAACAUGGAAGCGUCAAUAGAGCGUUCAAUGUUCGUGUUACCCGACCGCCGGGCCCACCUGAGGGACCUCUGGACAUCACUGAUGUAACUCGACAUACCACCACUCUUAGUUGGCGUCCACCUCUAGACGAUGGCGGCCAUCGUGUAACGCAUUAUGUGGUGGAGAGACGAGACAUGACAUCCAAUCAAUGGGUGUGUGUGCUAAGUAAUGUGCGUGACACGCACUGCACAGUGCAGGGUCUUACAGAGGGGCAGGAAUAUAUGUUCCGUGUGGCGGCGGCAAAUGUUAAUGGCGUAGGUGCGGCACUCGAGGGCCAGAAUCCAGUGAAGGCACGUCAACCUUUCGAUCCACCCGGUGUACCUGGUGUCCCUACAAUUCUCGAAGUAGGCUCUAACUUUGUGCACGUAGAAUGGACAAAGCCUGAGUAUGAUGGUGGAGCUCGCAUACAAGGUUAUUGGGUGGAGAAACGUGAAAAAGGCGACACUACCUGGCAGCGUGUAAACGUGGCUCUAUGCCAACCGACGCAGAUUAAUUGUGCCAAUCUUAUUGAGGGCAGGCAAUAUGAGUUCCGUGUAAUGGCUGUUAAUGAAGCAGGCAUCUCAGAGCCCAGUAUGUCUAGUACAAGCGUGAAAACAGUGGAUCCAGUGGCUACUCAAGCACCGGAAAUUGUAAAGCCCCUGCGAGCAACCAAUUGCAUUGAGAAUCACAAUGCACAAUUCCAAUGUACCAUAACCGGUCAUCCAAAGCCUUCGAUCACAUGGUACAAAGGAGCGCGUGAAAUUACUAGUGGCACCCGCUAUAACAUAUAUACGGAAGGUGACGUGCAUACUCUGACGAUAAAAGACGUAUUCGGUGAAGAUGCGGAUGAAUAUGUAUGUAGGGCUGUGAAUCGUGGCGGCGUGAAAUCUACGCGAGCAGAGCUGUUAAUUAUGACACCGCCUAAGUUGAGUGUGCCGCCACGUUUCCGUGACACGGCUUAUUUCGACAAGGGAGAAAAUGUUGUAAUCAAAGUGUCUUUCACCGGUCAUCCACGGCCCCGUAUAAUGUGGAUUCGUGAGGGAGAAGCUAUUGAGUCUGGAGGUCACUAUCAUUGUGAAGUGAAAGACAGGCAUGCCAUACUAACCAUUCGCGAUGGUUCAAAACUGGACAGCGGCCCAUAUCGACUGCAAGCAGAAAAUGAAUUAGGGCAGGAUUCUGUUGUCAUUCGUAUCCAAAUCAGUGACCGUCCCGACCCACCUCGUUUCCCCUUGGUGGAAAAUAUCGGCACAGAUUCAUUGUCACUGAGUUGGAAGGCACCCGUUUGGGACGGCGGCAGCGCCAUUACGAACUACGUAGUAGAAAAGCGAGAGCCGCCCAACGCCACAUGGAUUCGCGUGGGUAACACACGGUUUACUGCUAUGGCAGUUAGUGGACUUGCACCCGGUCACCAAUAUGAGUUCCGCGUAUUUGCUGAGAACAUUUACGGGCGCUCAGACGCGUCCGAAAUAUCUACUCUUAUUACAACGCGCGAAAUUGGUAAACGCGUGCAGAAACGUCACACGUACGAGCUGGAUGAGACUGGAAAGAAGAUAAGGGGAAAAGCAGAUGGACCUAUAAAGGAUUAUGACCAAUAUGUCUUUGAUAUCUACUCAAAAUAUAUACCUCAGCCUGUUGAGAUAUCUACCGAUUCUGUCUACGACCGUUACGAUAUUAUGGAAGAAAUUGGCACAGGCGCAUUUGGAGUGGUCCAUAGAUGCCGUGAACGUGCUACCGGUAAUAUUUUUGCAGCUAAGUUCAUCCCAGUCGCUCACGUAAUGGAAAAAGAUCUCAUUCGUCGUGAAAUUGACAUUAUGAAUCAAUUGCAUCACCAGAAAUUAAUUAAUUUGCACGAUGCUUUUGAGGACGAUGAUGAAAUGGUGUUGAUAUUUGAAUUCCUAUCUGGUGGUGAAUUGUUCGAGCGUAUAACGGCGGACGGUUAUGUUAUGUCCGAAGCUGAAGUAAUUAAUUACAUGCGACAGAUAUGCGAGGGCAUACGUCACAUGCACGAAAAGAAUAUAAUCCACUUGGAUAUUAAGCCAGAGAAUAUCAUGUGUCAAACACGAGCCAGCACAAAUAUAAAACUAAUUGAUUUUGGACUCGCUACACGUCUGGAUCCAAACGAAGUUGUGAAGAUUAGCACUGGCACAGCUGAAUUUGCGGCCCCGGAAAUCGUGGAGCGCGAACCAGUGGGCUUCUACACAGAUAUGUGGGCUGUUGGCGUUUUAAGCUAUGUAUUAUUAAGUGGCCUAUCUCCAUUUGCUGGUGAAACGGACGUGGAGACGCUAAAAAAUGUGAAAGCAUGUGAUUGGAACUUUGACGAAGACGCAUUUAAGAAUGUAAGCGAGGAAGCGCGCGACUUUAUUCGCAGAUUGCUUGUUAAAAACAAAGAGAAGCGCAUGACAGCUCACGAAUGUUUACUUCAUCCUUGGCUCAUGGGUGAUCAUGGUGAUCGUACUGCAGCCAUUGAUACAUCACGAUACAUAGCGAUGCGAGAUCGUAUCCGUCGACAUUAUAACGACUUCGAGGGCUUUGCACUGCCCAUUGGGCGUUUAUCCGAAUACUCAUCGCUACGUAAAUUAUUAGUGGAUAAGUACAAGAUUCAAGACACAUCAUUUGAUCGCCGUCAAGCAGCACCGCGUUUUGUGAUAAAGCCACAGAGUCAGUUCUGCUACGAGGGCCAAAGUGUAAAGUUCUACUGUCGCGUAAUUGCUAUCGCCACACCUACGCUUACAUGGUCGCAUGGCAAUCAGGAACUGCGACAGAGUGUCAAAUUCAUGAAACGAUAUGUAAGCGAUGACUAUUACUUUGUUAUUAAUCGUGUUAAACUUGAGGAUCGCGGUGAGUACAUAAUACGCGCCGAGAAUCACUAUGGCAGUCGAGAGGAGGUAGUCUUCUUAAAUGUACAUCAACUACCUAAACAGCCGCCGCAAUACAAGGCUGAACAACAGCCGAUUCGUCGUCGUGAGCCCUUGUCAGUGCAAAUGUGGCAAGAAGAGAGCGAAUCGGCUCCCAGUUUCACAUUCCUCUUACGCCCACGUGUGAUGCAAGCCCGUGACACCUGCAAGCUGCUCUGCUGCCUUUCCGGACGACCAGUUCCGACUGUAAAGUGGUACAAGGAUCGCCGUGAGCUCAGCAAGUAUGAGUACUCAAUGACACAAGCAGACGGUGUAGUGACCAUUGAAAUCGUUGACUGUAAACCGGAAGAUUCCGGAAAAUACAGAUGCGUGGCAACCAAUUGUCACGGGACUGAUGAAACGGAGUGCGUAGUGAUUGUAGAAGGCGAGGGCGGAACAGCGGAGCAAGCUCAGCUUGCCCACAAUCUCCUCUACUCUGGAGAUCGCCGAUAUAUUGAACAACCAAUAAAGCCGGCCCCGCCUCCCAUUAUCAAUAACCGUCGAAUAAAUGCUUCAAAUAGCGUAAAUUCAAUUUCGAAGACUGCUCCAACUACGUGCAUUUCAAAUUCAGAUGAGAAGACACCGAAGAAAUACGGCUCGAAGCUUGAUGCUCCGGGCAGUCCGUCACGAUCUCGAAGUGCAACCAAAGAGCUGAUCCUGCCUCCUGAUGAUUCGCUGAUGUGCAAACCAGUAUUUACACAUGAACUUAGUGAUUUUGCAGUACGUGACAGUGAACCACUUACACUCUCGUGCUCUGUGCGUGGGGACCCAGAUCCUCAGAUUGUAUGGACAAAGAAUGGCAAGAGUCUGUCAUCAUCGGAGAUCCUGGAUUUGAAAUACAAAAAUGGGGUCGCCACGCUUAGCAUCAAUGAAAUCUUUCCCGAAGAUGAAGGCGUCUACGCAUGCACAGCUACUAAUUCAAUUGGUUCAAUUGAUACGCGUUGCAAGCUUACUGUAAUUCCAAUGAACACCAGCAUCCCAAGUCGUUCUGUGACAAGUGACAAGCCACCACGAAUUGUUAGUCAUCUCGAAUCGCGAUGUGUGAUAGAUGGUGAGAGCGUGACUCUGGCAUGCCGAAUUAUCGGUGCAGAGCAAUUUGAUGUGGUGUGGCUACAUAACAACAAGGAGAUAAAACCAUCUAAUGACUUCCAAUACACACAUGAGGCUAACAUCUACAAAUUGAACAUUAUGGAGAUCUUCCCAGAAGACUGUGGUACUUACACCUGUGAGGCCUUCAACGACGUUGGCGAGAGCUUCAGCUCCUGCACCAUUAACGUUUCUGUGAGCGGUGAAGAAGAAAAGACCCCUGUCUUUAAAACUUUCCCAAGCUCCUUGACUGUCGCAGAGGGCGAGAUGGCCAAAUUUACGUGUAGCUUCCAGGAGGCGCCGUUACAACUUAACUGGCUCAAAGAUGGCAAGCCCGUGAACGUAGACAGUAAUAAUUAUGGAUUUACAAAGGACGGCAACAAAUUCACAUUUGAGGUGACCAGAUGCUCGUCACUAGAUGUGGGCCAAUACCAAGCCAAGGCUGUCGGCAAGCGAGGCGAGACAUUCGCAUCCUUCUCAUUAAAUAUUUUCUAAGGCGUCUUCACUAUUCUAAUUACCUGCGUAUGCUCCUGCGUGGGUGAAUUCAUACACAACUGUUAUAUUGCUCAAUUAAAUACGACCUUUUAGUGCAUAAA